AUGGUGUCGACAAGAGCAGCAGUCGAGCAUAAUUCAGUAGCAGCAGAGAUGCAACGAGAGAUGAAUCGCCAUUUGGAAGAGUUAAGACGCAAGAACCAGGAAGAGUUGAAUGCCCUAAGAGAGGAGAACCAACGGAUGCGAGCGCAAAUUGAGCAGAAUCCCCCCCAUAGGGAGGAAGCCCGCAACAACGAAGAGGGAGGGGAUGGUACCGGACGAGACGAGUCCCGAGCACAAACUGCCACUAACCAAACAGAAGCAAGGCCCAGAGCAGCCAGACGCCACCCGUUCGUGGACGGGAUCAUGGAAGCGGCACUCCCCGCGCACUGGAAGGGGUUAACUAUGAGCCAGUACGAUGGCACUACUGAUCCGGAGGAGCACGUGAACGUCUUCACCACUCAGGCAGGAUUGUAUACUUCGGACGACGCAAUCCUCUGCCGUGUUUUCCCAACAUCCCUGAAGGGGCCAGCACUCAAUUGGUUCACACGAUUGCCACCCAACUCUAUCGACUGUUUCGAUACGUUGGCUACCCGUUUCGGCAUACAGUUCGCCACUAGUAAGCCACACCACCUUACUUCUCUCGCAUUGGUAAAUAUACGACAGGAAAAAGGAGAGUCUCUACGGGAGUUUAUGGAACGAUUCGGAAAGAUAUCCUUGAAUAUCUCUAAUUUGAAUCCUGAGGUCGCCAUGCACCACCUCAUCACAGCACUAAAGCCUGGCCCUUUUGUUGACAGUCUAUGCAAGAAGCCCGUGAACAAUCUAGACGAACUUCGGACCAGGGCCACCAAAUUCAUGCAGAUGGAGGAAUUGAAAGAAUUUCGCAACACAACUCGACCGGAUGCACAGGAGAAAAGGCACCAUGACAAGGAGCGAGCGUUAGCACCCCGAUCCGGCCACAGGUUCAAGGACUCUAGGCAGCCGAAAUACAACAGGUACACACCCCUCGUGUCCAACAGGGCAAGAAUUCUGGAAGAAGCACUGAACACCGAUUUGAUAACAACCCCUCGAAGGGCCCCGACUCCCCCAAACGCCGAUACCACCAAGCAUUGUCGGUAUCACCGAAAUUAUGGGCACACAACAGAGGAAUGCUUUACCUUGAAAGACAAAAUCGAGGAAUUGAUACAGGCAGGGCACCUAAGAAGAUUCGUAAAGCGGGAAGGCGGGGGAUUCUCCUCAAGGGGAGAGCGAGAAAAGCGCUACGAGGAGCGACCACGAAGGGCGGCAGAGUACCGAGGUAGGGAAGGAGACCGCGCCCGCAGAGGGACCGAACCCAAAGAAGAUGAUGAGCGGGAUACGAGAGAAAGACCAUUGAGAGGAGUAAUCAACUACAUCUCUGGAGGUUUCGCAGGAGGCGGGGCCACUACGUCUGCAAGAAAGAAGUAUGUGCGAGCAAUACAAAGUGUCAACGCCGUGACAGUAUGUCCCAGACGGCACAUGCCACCCAUCACGUUCCGAGACGACGAUUUCCAAGCAAUCGACCCCCAGCAUGACGACCCAAUGGUGAUAUCAGUAGAGAUCGAGGACUUCGCGGUCAGGAAAACCCUGGUGGACCCAGGUAGUUCGGUGGACAUCUUAUAUUGGGGCACUCUCAGGAAGCUGAAAAUUCCAGAAGAGGAGAUCCAGCAAUACUCAGAGCCGAUCGUGGGCUUCGCAGGGGAGCGAGUGAAUACGAAAGGCUACGUCGACUUGUUCACCAAGUUCGGAACAGGAAUGGUAACGCGAACGGUAAAAAUUCGGUACCUUAUUGUUGAUGCUCACACCUCUUAUAAUAUUUUGCUAGGGAGACCCUCGUUGAAUACUCUUGGUGCAGUAGUCUCCACAUAUCACUUGGCCAUGAAAUUUCCAUCCGCCUCAGGAGACAUAAUCACAGUGCAUGUAGACCAACCAACUGCUCGCAGAUGUUACGCGGACAGCCUGAGAGAAAGACCCGAGUCUCCUCCCAGACGAGCAGUGAAUAACGUUGAGAAGGUCCCAGGAGAAGCAGAAGUAGACCUGGAUCCUCGGGUCAGCAGCGAGGAGAGGGUGGAACCAAUCGAAAGCACAGAGGAAUUCCAUUUCGAUGAACAGCGAUACACCCAUGUAAGCAGGACACUUGUAAAGACCCCCGAGAUGCGGGAAGUGUUACAAAGGAACGUUGAUUUGUUCGCCUGGAGUGCGGCCGACAUGCCAGGCAUCGACCCAAGAGUAGCCAGUCACAAACUGUCUAUUUUUCGGGAAGCUCGGCCCGUUGCACAGAAGAGAAGAAAAAUGGGUGGAGAAAAAAGGGAAGCAGCCAGAGCAGAGGUACAGAAGUUAAUUUCAGCAGGCUUCAUCAAGGAGGCCACCUAUACGACCUGGUUAGCCAACGUAGUAUUGGUAAAAAAGGCAAAUGGGAAGUGGCGGAUGUGUACAGACUACACCAACCUCAACAAGGUGUGCCCUAAAGACACAUACCCUCUCCCAAGCAUAGACAGACUGGUAGACGGUGCAGCCGGACACAGGGUGCUCAGUUUUCUGGAUGCGUACUCUGGGUACAAUCAGAUUCCAAUGUUUCCUCCCGACAAAGAAAAAACGGCAUUCAUCACGGAAGAGGCUAAUUUUUACUACGAAGUCAUGCCUUUUGGGCUAAAGAAUGCUGGCGCCACAUACCAGCGGUUAAUGGACAAGGUGUUUCGUCAUCUCAUCGGUAAAUGUAUGGAGGUCUAUGUCGACGACAUGGUAGUCAUGUCAGAUUCACUCGAACAACACGUCAAAGACUUGGAGGAGGUCUUGGCAGCUGUACGGAAGUAUGACAUGAGGCUGAAUCCAGAGAAGUGUGUUUUCGGGGUUGCAGGCGGAAAGUUUUUGGGUUUCAUGUUAACCCACAGGGGAAUAGAGGCCAACCCCGAUAAGUGCCAAGCGGUUGUCAACAUGAGGAGUCCAUCCAACAUCAAGGAGAUACAGAGAUUGAUAGGGAGGCUAACUGCGUUGUCACGUUUUAUGCCUAAAUUAGCAGAAAGAAUCCAGCCGAUGCUGAAGCUCCUGAAAAAAGCACAAAAAUUCGUAUGGGAUGAGGCUUGCGAGCAAUCUUUCCAGUCACUAAAGGAAUAUCUGUCUUCUCCCCCAGUACUACAGAAGCCUAGCAAGGGGAAACCCCUGUUAGUAUACCUAGCCAUCUCUACCAAUGCUGUCAGCGCGGCCAUUGUACAAGAUCAUGCAGGGGACCAGCAACCCGUAUACUUUGUUAGCAAAGCUCUACAUGAUGCAGAACUACGGUACCAGACAGUGGAGAAGGUAAUCCUAGCACUUGUGAUAACAACCAGACGAUUGCGACCGUACUUUCAGGGGAACGAGGUAAUAGUCAAGUCUGACUACCCCAUACACAAAGUCUUGAGACGACCCGACCUCGCCGGCCGAAUGGUCGGGUGGUCCGUGGAAUUAUCUGAGUAUCAUCUUCGAUGUGAAGCCCGAGGACCAAUCAAGGGGCAAUGCCUGGCAGAUUUCGUCAAUGAAUUAACGGGAGAUCCUGACGUACGCGAGGAAGGUUGGAUACUAUCAGUGGAUGGCUCCUCAAACGCGAAAGGCGGGGGCGCUGGGAUUGUUUUGCAAGGACCGAAUGAUUUACUACUCGAACAAGCUUUGCGCUUUGGCUUUAAACCCUCUAACAAUCAGGCAGAAUAUGAGGCAUUAAUCGCAGGGUUGACCCUCGCAGCAGACAUGGGAGCAGAUACAGUGACAUGCCGAACCGAUUCACAGCUGGUCGUAGGACACUUGGACGGCACUUUCCAGGUAAAGGACCCCCUCCUAUUACGAUAUUAUCACGUUGUGCAGGGCAUGUUGAACAGAUUCAGAGCAGCAAGCGUAAAGCAUGUUGAUAGAGCCCAAAAUGCCAGAGCUGACUUGCUCUCGAAGUUAGCAACUACCAAAGUCAAGGGACAACAUCAUACAGUGAUCCACGCCACACUCGACCGUCCUACUGUAACUUUGGCAGAAUGCAAUACCGCUGAGACAGUCGCACCAGAGGAGAAAGGGUGGAUGACUCCCAUUAUACAGUUCAUUCAGCACGGAGACACAGACGGAAUCGAUGACCCUAUCAUGCGCAAGAAAGCCUCCCGAUUCACUUUGGUUGGUGAAGAAUUGUACAAACGGGGUUUCUCCAACCCUCUGUUAAAAUGCGUCACAAACCACCAAGCCCAGUAUAUCAUGGAAGAGUUACACACGGGAAUUUGCGGCUUACAUUCAGGAUCGAGAACCAUGGCAGCUCGGGUAUUACGAGCAGGAUACUAUUGGCCGACUGUCAAGGAAGACUGCGAGAAGUACGUAAGGAAGUGCGCCCAGUGCCAACAGCACGGUAAUAUGAUACAUCUCAAGUCAGAGGAGUUGCACGGUAUUACCUCCCCUUGGCCUUUCGCCAAGUGGGGCAUGGAUAUUCUAGGGCCCUUCAGCCCAGGGAAAGGUCAGGUAAAAUUCUUGUUGGUAGCUAUAGACUACUUUACUAAAUGGAUUGAGGCGGAGCCACUGGCCCUGAUCACGGCCCAGCAGGUACAAAAAUUUGUCUGGAAGAAUAUAGUGUGCAGGUUUGGCAUACCAAGCAUCGUCAUAACGGACAAUGGUAGACAGUUCAUCGACAAGGGGCUAGCUGAGUUCUAUAAGGGACUCCAUAUACAGCAUAUAACCAGCUCAGUCGAACACCCACAAACAAAUGGGCAAGCCGAAGCAGCGAACAAGGUCAUACUGCGAGAACUCAAAAAAAGGUUGGGAGAUGCCAAAGGAAGGUGGGCUGACGAGUUAUUAGAAGUCCUAUGGGCCUAUCGCUGCACCCCUCAGUCAACAACACAAGAGACACCUUACUGUUUAGCAUAUGGAGUGGACGCAAUGAUUCCGGUUGAGAUUGGAGAGCCCUCUUUACGGCGCCAACUGUUCGACGCACGUCUUAAUGAAGAAAGUAUGCUAACAAGCCUGGACCUGGUUCAAGAGCUCCGAGAUCAAGUUCGCAUUCGGGAGGAGGCAUCUAAACUAAGGGCUCAACGUCGCUAUAAUACUAAAGUCAAACCCCGAUCUUUUCACCAGGGAGAUCUAGUAUGGCGUAUGGCAAGUGCCGCUCGGAAGCACGAGGGGAAGUUCUCGCCCAAUUGGGAAGGACCAUUCUGA